AUGCGUCUUGCUAUGAGUGCUCACGAGAGACGAUCUAUUCCUUGCAAUAAAGAAGUAUUCAGGAAUUCAAAUUUUAUUAAUGGAAAUUCACAUUUUAUCGAUUUAUUUAGGAGACAUCAAAGACCAAAAAUUUCACCGUUAUUACCAAAUCCAGUUUAUUUGCCAGCACUUUACCAAAACAACAGUUAUAAUUGUUAUGGGAAUCAGAAUGUUAUUCCCCCAAAACUCCACCAGCCUAUAGAAGAGGUUAUUGAUAAUCAAUUCUAUCAGAGAAAGGAACAAGUUGUGUCUUUGUCUCAAAUCAUAGAAAACAAAUCUUCAACUUCUCCACCCUGCCAGGCUUUUUGCAAUUUUGAUUCACAUUCAACCAAAACCAAACUUCUUCAAAGUAUUACUAAUGUUGAUAGUAAAAUAACUGAAAUUGAAUUUGAAAUAGAGGAAAGAAAAAAGUUCGAAGCUGCCAAGAAGAAACCCUCUGUUAAGCAACUAAAGCAAGUUUUACAGCCUAUCAAUCAUAGUUUAUUUCAUAACAUAAUAACAGAAAACCAGCAAAAAGCUCAUGAAGCCCAUAGCAUUAUGCUCCAUUUAGGUCCUCAAUUGGAUUUUCCUAUGUAUAAUCAACCAUGUGAUACAGCAGUUUAUCAUGAAAACAAGAAAUGUUUUAUUUUAUUUAAAGAAAAGUUAAAGAUAUUAUUGCGUAGAAAGUAUGUUGCAAAAGUGAAAACUCAGAAAUCAUUGCUUAGACUGUAUUCUCAUUUGGCUUGCAAGUGGAAAAAUAAUAUCAAUAAGGUUGAGAACUCGCGUAGACAUAAAUCUAAGGAAAUGAAGAACAGAAAUUAUUUUGAAACAGUUUUUCCAGAAUUACAAAAAAAGAAAUUUACAAGAGAAAGGUCCAAAAGAACUGGUGACCAUGUUUUAAGUGAAGCUGACUACCAAGAAGUUUUACGAAAACUAAAUUUUGAGAAUUUAGGCCAUAGUUGGAUAAAAUCAUCUUCAGCACUUCUGCCAGUAUUGUUAGAUUCUGAACAAAGGGCUAAAUUUUUCCAUAAUCAAAAUAACUUAGUAACAGAUGUUAAAGUAACAGGAGAGAAGGAAUUUUUAAAUUUAUGGACUCCUACUGAAAAAGUAAUAUUUAAAGAAAAGUUCAUUCAGUUUUCCAAGAAUUUUGGAAGAAUUGCUUCUUUUAUUGUUAAAAAGAGUGUUGCGGACUGUGUCAAGUAUUAUUACCUUACCAAACGAAGAGAAAACUAUAAAAUAUCUGGCAAAUCAAAAAAAAUGCAGCGCAUGUUUCAACAAUUCUGUAUUGAUAAUGAAAAGCACCAGCAAUUGCCGUCAUCAAAUAUUUCUAUGGAAAAGUAA